UAUCAAAAUAAUUGUUGGUAGAAACAAAAAGAGGCAUUCCUUACGAAUAUGGAAACUGUUUAGAAGUUUAACUUUCACACAAGUAGAACAUUCAUGGAAAUUUACAUCAAGGAAGGCAUUUAGUGUUCAUAAAUACACAACGAUACUUGUUUGAUCAUCAAUUAAACUUAUUGCGAGUUUCGAGUGGAAAUAGAUUAUGGCAGUUACAGAUUGGAUGGUUACGCAGGCAAUCGUCGAAAACAACACGGUUGCAUUUAGGAAUUUGGUUGAAGAGGAUGAGCAAGUGCUUGACAAAAGAAUCGGAAAUGGAAACCCUACCCUGCUACACCUUGCUUCUAAAAACGGAAAUGUUGAGAUGGUGUCGCUCAUCCUUGACCUGAGGCCAGAAAUGGUGACUGCAGAGAACAAUAAAUCAGAGUCGCCAGUCCAUGAAGCCUGCCACAUGGGCCACCACAUGGUGGUAGAGCGGCUCAUGGAGGAGAACCAGUGGGUGGCUGGCAAGACCAAUUGCGAGAACCAGAGCGCCUUAUUCAUGGCUUGUAGUUAUGGGCAUCUUAACAUUGUAAAUUUCAUUCUGGAUCACACCAGUUGGUUGUUGAACAUCAUAGAUGAUGCAAAUUGUCUCCACGUUGCUGCUUCAAGAGGCCAAACAGAUAUUGCUAAAAAGUUGCUAGAAACAUGUCCGUAUCUUGCUAACCAGAAAGACGAAAACGGAUCCUUGGCAUUGCAUGGCGCAUGCAGAAACGGACAAUUUGAGAUUACAAGAACACUUUUAGGGAUGGACCCCGAACAAGCUUUUCAAUUUGAUAAAAACGGUUACACACCAUUGCACUUAGCUGCAAUGAACGGGAACCUAGCCAUCAUUGAGGAGUUUUCAUCCAUAGCUCCCUCAUCCUUGCAGCUUGUGUCAAAACAAGGAGAAAAUGUGUUUCAUCUUACCAUAAGAUCUAAUAAGUUUGAUACCUUCAAAUUUCUACAUGGUAUCCUUAAGGGCACAAACCUGUUUUAUCAACCUGAUAAGUUUGGUAAUACCAUUCAACAUCUUGCUCAGAUUAGAGGUUUAGAUGAUCAGUUCACAGAGUACAUCAACAGUGAAACAAAUGAGCAAACUAAUGCCUACAACAGCAAUGAACAAAGUCAACCCAUCAGAUAUUCACGUUGAAGGAGCUUCUUUAAAAGAAGAAACGCACUUAAACAUAUCACCCGAUAUAAAUGCUUAUAUAAAUUCUUCCAGUCCAUUCACAGUACAAGAUGAGAAACUUAGCAAAGCUGACAAGGAUAUCCCAACAAGAGAGCAUAU